AUGCAGCAGGAACAGCAGGCAACAGCAAGUCUGCUGGAGCAGGCAGCUGCCAAGCAGGCAGCAGGAGCUACAACAGCAAGCAUUAGCAGGGCAGCAGCCUCAGCCAGGAGCAGGCAGGCAGCUCUAGCUGCUGCUACCAGGGCAACAAGCACACGCAGCAGCUUGUAUAUAGCAGCAGGCACGCACGUGCGCAGGCAUCAGCGAGGCAGCAGCAGGCUUAAAGCAGCUGGCCAAGCAGCAGCAGCAGCACAGCAGCAGCAGCAGCAGCAGCAUGCAGCACCUGCGCCAGCAACUAGCAGCUGGCAGGCAGCAGCUAGACAGCAGCAGCAAGCAGCAGCAAGCACAGCUACAAGGCAGCAGCAGCAGCAGUGCAGCAUGCAGCUGCAGCUAGCAGCAGCAGCAGUGGCACCAGCAGCAGUAGGCCAGCUGCAGGAAAAAUAA